AUGGAGAGUCGAGGCACAGUGUACAGAAUAGGCAGGUUUUCCGGUGUACAGGCUAACCCCUCCGGGACGACAACGACAUUUGUCACGACACUUCAACACAACAAGCUAACAACCAGCACCAAAACGCUUUGUACACACACGUUCAACAAUGCUUAUAUUGUUCUGAUGGAUGGUGACUUCGACUGGCAUGAAGGAAGAACCCGGCCGCCAUCCGUCAUUCCCGAUCAUGGCGUCCGGGAGUUCCUCGAACAGAAGACAGUCCAUCUCUUUGCCACCCAGUUGCAGAGCAGAUUAAGAGCCCUCGAGCAAACCAGAGAAACACCCAAAUUCCUCAGGCGCAACUCCUACCAACUCUAUUUGGAAGGCCACUUCGCAUUGCUGGAUCCGCGCGAUCUCGAACGAACCACUCUCAGCCCCACGCCUCCGUCCAGCGACGACUGGAUAAGUCCUGAUUACACCCCCGAACAAGUUUCCGAUAUACAACAUUACGAAGUAAAUCCCGUGGCGGCCGCAUACCCGAGGCCAAGGACAUUUCAAGAAGGCGGAAUUGAAAAGAAAAGACAGCGUUGCCAGGACAAGAGGAGUCGCAGGAUAUCAAAAACCAAGAAACACCACAUGGUGCGCCGGUCCAAGGCUAAAGAGGAGGCGAUUUUCUACGAACUAGACUGGGUAGGAAGAAAUAUGGUCACCGUGUGCCAAUCAACGCGAGAGAGUGCCGAAGAUGGUAUAAAAAGGGCGGGGUCCAAAAUGGCCAAACAAGAAUCUUGGUCUCCCAUACCUGUCCCCUGA